AUGACACCGGAAGAUAUUCGAGCGAAAUUUUUGCAAGGCGUACGAAAUGUUGCUGCUGUUUCGCUGGCUAUUGGUCAUCCAACACUUGUCUCAGUGCCACAUUCACUGGCAAAUGCACUCAAGAACUUGUUGGCUAUUGCUAUUGAAGCGGAUAUUGACAUGAAAGAAGCAGCAACGGUUUGCUUUUUCCGUCGAAUUCGAGGAGUUUGA